AUUUCUCAUUGGAUGGCACACAAGCAAUACUUUAAGGUAAUUUAGUCACAUUUUGCUCUUCUAUGUGGAUUUGAGUUAAUGUCUAUGAGACAGUGAGCUUUGAAUUUUUGAAGCAGAACUUUGAAGGUUAUAAUUUUCUAUCAAUCUAGCUAUAUUAUCAAAUAAGAAUUAAUUUUAAUAUUCGAGAGGACCUGUUAGUAGAUAUGCUCUAGGAAGCAUGAGCAUGGACACUUCAUUUGGGCUACUGUGUUCGUGUCUGACAUGUAUUGGGCCCUGGACACCUCUAGGACAUGCGGAUACCUAUGGGACAUAGUUGUAGAACCUGUUUUGCCCCUUCUUCUGUUUUUUAGGUGGUGUAAGGUUUUAAAAGCAACAAGGAUAUUGUUUGUGAUGAGGUGGUUGGACAUGAAGGCACUUUGGGAUUCAGUCACUAAUUUGGGAAGGCAUUUCUUUAGGCGGUUUGCUAUGGUUUUGGAGAUGAGUUUGUAAAUAACAUUGCAAAGGCUAAUAGGGUGGAAAUCUUUGGCUUUUUCCAGAGAUUUUAUUUUUGGUAUAAGGCAAAGGUAGGUGUUGUUAAUGUUGGGGGGCAUAAUACCCGAGUUUAGGACAGAGAGAGUUGCAGCAACGACAUCAUGGCCAGCGGUAUCCCAAUAGUGUUUAAAGAAAAGAGAGGCAUGCCGUCAGGUCUGGGUGUUGUAAUGGAUUUCAUCUGUUUCAGGGCUAGCUCUACCUCCACAGCAGUGUAUUCUUUAGUCAACUCCAAAUUCGUCCCUGGUGUUACUUUCCUCUCUAUCCCCUGUAGAAUGACAUCGAAGAGCUUGCAAGUUCAGUUGAUGAAAUGAAAAGAAUAUUUAAUUGCGUGGAUCAUUAUGAAGCACUGGGAUUCCCUUGCCACAAGACAAUAGAUGCAAAGAUUUUGAGUCAGGAAUACCGGAAGAAGGCUAUGCUUGUGCAUCCUGACAAAAAUAUGGGAUGUUCACAGGCAAGCGAAUCCUUUAAGAAACUCCAAUGUGCAUAUGAGGUUCUUUCUGAUUCCAUAAAGAAGAGAGACUAUGAUGAGCAAUUGAGAAAAGAAGAAUCCAGGACUAGGAGUGUGUGUCAGAGGUCCCAUAGUACAUCACAUCAGGGUAAUCAGGACUAUCACUCUGAAGAGUUGAGACGUAUACAGUGCACCAAGUGUGGCCUUUCACAUAUACGGGUAUGCACCAGUAGGAGCAAGGCUAAGGCAAGAUGGUGUCAGGAUUGCUGUCAGUAUCAUCAAGCCAAGGAUGGAGAUGGAUGGGUUGAAUACAGAGGCUCUCUGGUGGAAAUACCACGUGCUUUUGUCUAUGCUGAGAGCAAAAUCUUUGAUGUAUCAGAAUGGGCUAUCUUUCAGGGAAUGGCUUGUAGGCCCAACACUCAUCAGCCCAGCUUCCAUGUAAACAUGGAUGGCCUGGAGAAAACUCAACGAUCCAAGUCAUGCAGAUUCCCAUGGGAUUUGGAUGCUGAAAUGAUGGAUGAAGAUGAAGAAGCAUUUGAGUCGUGGCUUCAGCAGGCUCUGGCUUCUGGACUCCAUUCAACUUGCAGCAUAAGAAAGGAAAGAAGGAGAAGCAAUGGCACCGAAGAACGUCAUGCUGAAUUGUAAAGGGUAAAAGUUUUGUUUGCCCAUCACAAGGGGAUUGCUCUGAUCAAGGGUAAAAGUGAUGGAGUUUGUACAUGCGAAUCCUAGUAAUUCCAUCACUUUUGGUGGGCUUGGAAGGCUUAUAAUGGGUGACAUUGCUUUUCACAAUUGCAAAGAAUGUAGAUUGAUUAGAAACUUUUUUCUAUCCAUCUGAUUCUGAAAAAUAACGAAGUUUUUAGAGCUUUAGGUUGAUUGAAUUGGUUUGCAUAAUGCUAUGUGCCAGAGGAACCUGAUGUUUUCAGGUUGUUAACCCAUGAGAUUGAAAGCUUUUAGGGAAGAGGUGGAAAGGGAAAGAGAUUCUAUUAUUCCCAAUAGAAAUGUUACCACCAUCCAAGAACUUUAAAA